ACGAUAGUAUCUUUUUUUGAUAUGAGAAGUCCUUGGUACAAGAGUGUUUCCUCGGUUUUUGGUCUAAGACCACGGAUCAGAGGGUUGCUUUUCUUCGUCGUCGGUGUUGUGGCUCUAGUUACCAUCAUAGCACCAUUGACAUCGAAUUCAUACGAUGCUUCUUCUACUGCUUCAACACUCGUGCCCAACAUUUAUAGUAACUAUAGGAGGAUAAAGGAGCAAGCAGCUGUUGACUAUCUGGAUCUCAGGUCUCUCUCCUUAGGGGCUAGUCUUAAAGAGUUUCCUCUCUGUGGUAAAGAAAGAGAGAGCUACGUGCCUUGUUACAACGUUACAGGGAAUUUGCUUGCUGGGCUUCAAGAAGGUGACGAGUUAGAUCGACAUUGCGAGUUUGAAAGAGAGAAAGAAAGAUGUGUAGUUCGUCCUCCAAGAGACUAUAAAAUACCACUUAGGUGGCCACUUGGUAGAGAUAUCAUAUGGAGUGGGAACGUGAAGAUAACCAAAGACCAGUUUCUUUCGUCAGGAACCGUGACAACAAGGUUAAUGUUGCUUGAAGAGAAUCAAAUUACUUUUCACUCAGAGGAUGGCUUGGUCUUUGAUGGGGUCAAAGACUACGCUCGUCAAAUUGCUGAGAUGAUAGGCUUAGGAAGCGACACUGAGUUUGCUCAAGCGGGUGUACGGACUGUGUUAGACAUUGGUUGCGGUUUUGGUAGCUUUGGUGCACAUCUAGUGUCUUUGAAGCUGAUGCCUAUAUGUAUCGCUGAGUAUGAGGCAAGUGGGAGCCAAGUCCAGUUAGCUUUAGAGAGAGGCCUUCCUGCAAUGAUUGGAAACUUCUUCUCGAAACAGCUUCCUUACCCAGCAUUGUCUUUUGACAUGGUCCAUUGUGCUCAAUGUGGCACUACUUGGGAUAUCAAAGAUGCAAUGCUACUUUUGGAAGUGGAUCGUGUUCUGAAACCUGGAGGGUACUUUGUUCUAACUUCUCCUACGAACAAAGCACAGGGAAACUUGCCAGAGUCGAAGAAAACGAGCAUCUCAACGCGUGUGGAUGAGUUAUCUAAGAAAAUCUGCUGGAGUCUGACAGCGCAGCAGGAUGAGACGUUUCUUUGGCAGAAAACUGCAGAUUCAGGUUGCUAUUCGUCUCGCUCGCAAUCUUCUAUACCUCUUUGCAAAGAUGGAGAUAGUGUUCCGUAUUACCACCCACUGGUUCCAUGUAUAAGCGGAACCACGAGUCUAAAACCUGAAGAGUUCUUUGAGGAUACGCAAGUAUGGAGAUCAGCGCUUAAAAACUAUUGGUCCUUGCUUACACCAUUGAUAUUCUCUGAUCACCCAAAGAGACCCGGUGAUGAAGAUCCUCUCCCGCCUUUUAACAUGAUACGCAAUGUCAUGGACAUGAAUGCUCGCUUUGGGAACUUGAAUUCCGCUUUACUCGACGAAGGAAAGUCCGCUUGGGUGAUGAACGUUGUCCCGGUCAAUGCUCGCAACACUCUUCCUAUCAUACUUGAUCGUGGCUUCGCCGGUGUUCUUCACGACUGGUGUGAACCAUUCCCAACAUAUCCACGAACAUACGACAUGCUUCAUGCCAAUGAACUUCUCACACAUCUUAGCUCAGAACGGUGCAGCCUAAUGGACUUGUUCUUGGAGAUGGAUCGGAUUCUUCGCCCUGAGGGAUGGGUUGUUAUAAGCGACAAGUUGGGAGUAAUCGAGAUGGCACGUGCACUUGCAUCUCGAGUGCGUUGGGAAGCACGAGUCAUUGAUCUUCAAGACGGUAGCGACCAAAGACUUCUUGUCUGUCAAAAACCAUUUCUCAAAAAAUAA